AUGCAUAACUCCUUACCCUUCGACGGCACACAGCGGAUUUCGUACCAUAGCCGGCUUGUCUCCCAAAAUCCUCAGAGAGCGACCCUAACCCCAAGUGCGACGAUGCAGCCUCGCAGAGCUAGCACAAUCAAAACAGUCAUGCGCAAACUAUUUGGUCGCAAGAGGAAGAGCGAUCCCGUCGUGCAGGAACUGGACUGCGAGGACAACCAGAAUAUGGCGAACGACCCGCAGGCAUUCAGCCGCCUCAGAAACACCGAGCCCGAGUUCCUCACCAUCGCCGACGCCGGCAAACAAUCUCUCAAGUCGGUAUCAUCCCGGGACCAUAUCUCCCACAUACCGACCCCCACGGAGCCCGAACUCGUUGACAUCCCACCCGUCCCAGCGGGGAAUAAGGACAAAGAAGAAGACGCGCUGGCUACUCGUCGCAGGCGUCCUCGUCGACGAGCAACACUGCCGAGCCUGGUGUUGUCGUCGGAAGAAGGUCGAGAGAUAGCGACCAAGAUUGCCCGUCAAGGUUCGCGGAGUGUGAGUAUCGGGUCGGUUGCGGAACAAAGGACUGCAGAUAACGCAUCGAGGGCAUCAGACACGCAAUUCAAACGCCGUUCGCGGAGUGCUUAUGCACUUAGGGAACUAGCCAGGUCGCACCGUAUGUCACCGAUACAAUGGCGUCGACGCAGCGAUGAAAUAAGAUUUUUGGAAAAAACUCUAGAUCCGGAGGACGAUUCUGCACCCAUCCGUGAUACCGUGGUGGGUGAUACGAGCAAAGAAGAGGAAGAAGCAGCAGCAGCAGCAGCCGCAGAAGAAGAUCCUGCAGAAAUUCGCGUGGAGGCCCUUGCUGCGAACGGCGAUCUAUCACAGUUUGAUUUUGGCAAUCUCAUGUCGAAUAUGCAGGAAGACUGCGAUGCCAGCCUCACCCAGCGCAUCUCCACGCUGGAGGUCAAAUUAAUGGACUUAGAGUUUGCAAUUGCAAAGCUGCAAGGAUCCGAUCUCUCUCCUAUUCAGCCAUUCCCGCCAGCCCCGUCGAAGGUGACAAACAGUGGACCCCAUGUCCCUGUACCACCUGUGAUGGCUUCCGAGGAGCCCCCAAGUCGCGACACUACAUCUGUUCGACCUUCUACUGUUGAUACACAAAGGCCCACUAGCACUGCUACACUUCGCCCGCAUACCGCAGCGCUUCAGUCUCACCCACCUAUGAGCCCGUCACCUUUUAGUUCUCCAGGAAUUUCGGUUGAACAGUACAGCGCUCUCACUACGCUUGUGCGUAGGGAACAAACUGCUCGAAAACUCCUCGAGCACCAGGUCCAGGACCUUCAACGGGAAGUUGAGCUGCUCAGAGGUUUGCCGGGAACAAGACAAGAUAGUGUCUUUCCCCAGUCGAGCUGUGCCUCUGAGUCCGCGACGUCCUCUCGAUGUGACUCGAGACAGGAGCGCUUGGAUUCAGGCAUGUGGCGACUGCACAGUGGUAGCAGCAUUGGGAAAGCCGAUGCGCCGUCGCUUGAAAGCUUACCAUUAAAGAAAGAUGUCUCGUUCCAUCGCAAAAACACGUUGGAUAGGAUGAUAGUGAGAACUUAG